GCAUUUGUGGACUAUAUGUUUGGACCUCGAGAUUCCAGGGUUAGAGGAUGGUUCCUUCUGGACUCUUAUCUUCCCACAUUUUUCCUUACUGGAAUAUACCUACUCUGCAUACGGCUGGGCGACCAGUUCAUGAAGAACAGGCCUGCUUUCUCACUCAGGGCUCACCUCAUUGUAUAUAACCUUGGGAUUACGCUGCUCUCCCUGUACAUGUUCGUAGAGCUCAUCCUUGCCACGUGGGAAGGAGGCUACAACAUACAGUGUCAGAACCUCCACAGCGCGGGGGAAGCUGACAUCCGGGUAGCCAAGGUGCUGUGGUGGUAUUAUUUUUCCAAAUUAAUUGAAUUCAUGGACACUAUCUUCUUUGUACUGAGAAAGAAAAGCAGCCAGAUCACGUUCCUUCAUGUGUAUCAUCAUGCCACUAUGUUUAACAUUUGGUGGUGUGUCCUGAACUGGAUACCUUGUGGUCAAAGUUUCUUCGGACCUACUUUGAACAGCUUUAUCCAUGUGCUCAUGUAUUCUUAUUAUGGACUGUCAGUCAUCCCUUCCAUGCGCAAAUAUCUAUGGUGGAAGAAAUACCUCACUCAGGCACAACUGAUCCAGUUUCUGCUCACUAUCGUGCACACACUCAGUGCAGCUGUGAAGCCAUGCGGGUUUCCAUUUGGCUGCCUCAUGUUCCAGUCCUCCUAUAUGGCUACGUUGGUUAUUCUCUUCAUAAACUUUUACAUUAAGACAUACCGGAAAACACCUUCAAGAACGGCUGUAAAGGAAACCUCUCUCACAACAGAAAUCAAGAACGGUUUCCAUAAGGACUACUUUGCUACUGCCAAUGGGUUCCUGAACAAUAAGAAAGCACAAUAAGUACAGUAACUCAAUACUAU